AGGAGAAGAUGGCGGUCUCCACAGGGGUGUGCAUCAGCAGGAAGCUGGAUUCGAGCUGACCUAGGACUUGAACCUGGGUCCUCUGAUAUGGAGUUAAAGUUCCUCGUAAUUUUCGCUUGUUGGAAGAACUUGAAGAAGGACAAAAAGGAGUAGGCGAUGGUACGGUUAGCUGGGGCCUUGAAGAUGAUGAAGAUAUGACACUUACAAGGUGGACAGGCAUGAUUAUUGGGCCACCAAGGACAAAUUAUGAGAACAGAAUAUAUAGUCUGAAAGUAGAAUGUGGACCUAAAUACCCAGAAGCUCCUCCAUCAGUUAGAUUUGUAACAAAAAUUAAUAUGAAUGGGAUAAAUAAUUCCAGUGGAAUGGUGGAUGCACGGAGCAUACCAGUAUUAGCAAAAUGGCAAAAUUCAUAUAGCAUUAAAGUUGUACUUCAAGAGCUAAGACGUCUAAUGAUGUCCAAAGAAAAUAUGAAGCUUCCACAGCCACCAGAAGGACAAACAUACAACAAUUAAUUUUAAUGGAUCUCAAACUUGUCUUAAAUCAACAACCUUCUACUCAUAUUAAUGUCUUGAUUAAAUAUCACAAUGCAGAAUACCCACACAUUCAGUAAAGAAUUCCAGCUGGUAUAUGUGACCCGGACAUUUGUAAUAUAUUUAAUAUAUGUACACCCAUUAUGUUUUCAGGUAACGGGAGGAAAAAUGCAGCACAAUUUUUCUUUCUCUUGUUGAGGCACUGUCAUUUAAACAUAAACCUGGAGUGCUCCAAGUAGGAUUCGGGUUUACAAGACGCAAGCGUGGCGAGACGUGUGAGAUGGCAGUGGAAACGUGUGUUUCUGAAAAGUAAAAAUCCCAAGAAGGACAAACAGAAAUGGCAUGCUUUAUCCAUCUUGCUUAGUGAAAGAGCUGCAGUUGAAAUUGUUUAAAGUAGCAGGUACAAUGAAUAUUGUCACAAAUUGUGUUAAAUUUUAAAGCGGUGUGGGUGCUGACUACUAGUAGUAUAAAAAUAUGUUCAGGAUUGUUUUGAUACCUGUAUUUAUAAUAAAAAAAAUGUUGGGGGGGUCGAUGAAUUUCUGUUAAAAGCUGUUCCUGUGUGUUACAUGUAACAGACAUGGUAAAUAUUUGUUUACAUUCUUUGUUUUAACAAACCAUGCAUUUAAGUUCAAGUGAAGUCAACAAAAAAAGAAAAUAGGUGUAUGGAUAUGUGAUUUUGAAAUUAAAGUUAGUCAUAAAAUGUAAAUAAAAUGUGGAAAGUGUCCUCGGAGACUGUGCCAUUUCUAUUAUGUUGAUACAAUUUGUGUACAGUACCUUGCCAAGGUAGCACAAAUUGGAAUUACUGUAGUUUUUCAUCUGUAAGCACCUUUUAGUAUAAUUCUGCUUUGUAUACUUGUGAAUUGGAAUUUGCAGAGUAUUUCACAGAACAAAUUACCUGAUUUGUUUAACUACCUUGGACAAGGAAGAAUCCCAGAUGUUACAUUUUAAAUUUGAUCUCACCAGAAAUAAUAUUAAAAUGAUUUUUGAAUUUAAUAAUUCUUAACAGAAUUAUAGAUUGCAAAUUAUUCACAGAUACAUGCUGUUUUACUUUGUAACAUCUUUUGCCUUUAUUUUUUCCCUGAAAAAUUUUGGUUAAUAGAUUGAACAAAUUGGAGACAUUUCCUUCUCCAGUUAAUGCUUUUAACGCUGAUGAGGACUAGUUUUAUCCACCCACAUUCCAUUAUAACAAACAUGUAAACUCUGAAGUUGAAAAUCCAUUUAUGUUCUCUUCAGUGACCUGAGGUCACUGUUCACUUCAAAGCACUGAGUGUACUGCUUUGUUGAAAAUGUUGUUUUCUUAUGUUAUGUAUUCAUUGAAGAAAAGAAAAGUGGUCAGGUAAACUCACCUUUCAUUUUGGUUGGCUUAAUAAUUUUACUCAACCUUCUCCCCAGUCUACAUAGGCAAACCAGAAUUAUGAAUGCCAAAAGUCAAAUUAGAUGUUUAAUCAACCUGGACAUAUAUUAAAAUAUUUUCUUACUUUUAUAGUACAACAAAGACAAAUUUCUCAUGCACGCCCUACAUGUCUGUGUUAUGCUCAUUCACAAUUAAAGCUUUGAACUGCUUUUUCUUGGUACAGUAAUGCCAAUGCAAUUUGUCUAAACUUACUAAUUUCCAUAUGACUAAUUUAUCUUAAUUAUCAAAGAUGUUUAAAAUGUUUUAAAAUUACAUGUAGAGAACAUACAAAUUAGUACAUGUGUGAUUUAUUAACAUAGAUUUGAAAUGAACUAUGACCUUGAAAUGUAGUCUUACACAUUUUUAGCCACUUAGGGGGAAAUUAGGUUGAUUUACUCUGAUGCUGUAAAAGCUAACUGAUGGUUUCAAUCAGUAUUUGGAAUAGCCUCUGCUUUGAAAGCCUGUCUUGCCCAAAUACCUGGAAGCUCAUAAUUAUUUGAGUGCUGUUUGCUGACUGAGGAUCCUAGGAACUUCAGUGGCUUGUCCUAAACCACUUCAGCUCUUGCGAAGUUUUCUUUUAUGCCCAAGCCUGUGUUGCCAGAGUCAGCCCCACAGUGUUUAUUUCUUCUCUUAUUUUUGGGACUAUGGAAUUCUGCAGAAAUCUGCAUGCCGGUUAACCAGCCUCCAAGGCAGACUCCAUUUUGCAUGUCACAAUCGAGAUGUGCCUGCAGUGUGAGACACACUGGUUGAUUAUAGGAGGAGUUCAUCUAGAGCCACUCUUAAGUAUAGUAACAUUUCUAAGACAGCAGUUUUGAAGCAAUUUUUCCUUUGUUUUGUAAAGUGGCUAAUGCCAUAGGUCUUGUGUGGUAUUAACCUUAAAUGAAUUGUGAAAUUGCCUUAGAAAUUUGUUUAAAAGGCCAGCAAGUAAGAUCCAUGAGGAUGAUCAUAUGUUAAUAAAAAUUAUAAAAAUAAAAUUCUUGUCCUGUUAGGUCAGUGUAA